AGCAGCUGCCACGCUCUGCAGAUCUCUCUCUAUUUAAAGUUCAAAGAAGCACAGGAUAACAAUAAGGAAGGAAGCCGCGUGGCCCUGACUAAGCCACCCAACAAUAGAAAUAAUGGCUGCAAAAGAGUCAACAUCGCCACAGCUUCUGGUUCCCGUUCUUCUCCUGGUUGGAUGGAUUGUAGGCUGCAUCAUCGUGGUUUACAUCGUCUUCUCUUAGAAAAGCAAGAAGACUUCAGGCUGAUACCACUUAGAAGAACUAAGAAAAACAUGAACAUGAUUGAUCAUUAAAGGUGUCUCAUAUUAAACAGCUGC